UGUUCAGUAGAUGAAUAUCUAUUGUCCAGAACGUUCCAAUCAUUGGGCUUUCAUGUACAGUUGGAAAAAAACCUGACAGCUAAUCAAAUGGUUGCCGCACUUACGAAAGUGUCCAAGGAUAACCAUGAAGACAUGUCUUGCUUUGUGUGUGUACUGAUGAGCCAUGGAGAGGAAGGUCAAAUUCUUGGAUCUGAUCAGCGUUGGAUCCCUAUCAAAACUCUGACUUCUACGAUGACCUCUGACCUCUGCCCUUGUCUGCAGGGCAAACCGAAACUCUUCUUCCUACAGGCCUGCAGGGGGAGCAAAUAUGACCCUGGUGUUGAGACAGAUGCUUCAGAAGAACUGGAGGAAUUUAUAGGAAUGUCAGAUGUUCCUGAGCUGGAUUUUCUCUGCUGUUAUUCCACAGUGGAAGGGUAUUACUCAUGGAGAAAUCCAGAUACGGGUUCAGUAUUUAUCCGUGAGCUUUGCAAGAUGUUUAUGGACUGUCAUCUAGAGAUUAUUCAGAUUCUGACGAGAGUAAACCACCGUGUGGCCAAUAACUUCCAGUCAUACACCACAGAACUACAAACAGAUAGGAAGAAACAAAUGCCGUGUUUAGCCUCCAGACUUACCAAGGAUUUUUACCUUCAAAUGCCAGUCAAGAAACAAUAUUUUUAAUUUGUUAUUUGCUAACAGUCUGUUGCAUACAGUGGACAAGUGUUUUUGUUUCGGUUUAGAAACCUAAUAACGUUCCAAGAAUAUCAGGCAAGCUGUAUCCUUUGGGUCAUAUUGCAUUUCCCUCAGAAUAGAGAAUGUUUUUGUAGCAUUUAAUGAAUUAAUACUUAAAAACAAAUAAAUAA